GAGAGAAAGCUUCAUUUUUGCACUUAAAUUUAGGGAUUCCAUUGAAGAAGAAGAGAAUGGUUUUAGAAGAAGAAAAAUCAAGAGAGAAAGAGGAAAUAAAAAGGGGCUCAAAAGGGAAAGAAGAACCAUUUCAUGUCACUCAUAAAGUUCCACCUGGUGAUAGUCCCUACGUUAGGGCAAAAUAUGCUCAGUUGAUAAAGAAGGAUCCUGAGAGUGCAAUUGCAUUGUUUUGGGAAGCAAUAAAUAAAAGGGACAGAGUAGAAAGUGCACUAAAAGAUAUGGUUGUGGUUAUGAAGCAACUUAAUAGAGCUGAAGAAGCCAUUCAUAUCCUCAAAACCUUUAGAUUUCUUUGCUCAAAAACCUCUCAAGAAUCUAUUGACAAUGUUCUUAUCGAUCUGUUUAAGAAAUGUGGGAGAAUUGAAGAACAAAUAGAGCUGUUGAAGAGAAAAUUGAGAAUGAUUUAUCAAGGAGAAGCUUUUAAUGGAAAGCCCACAAGAACAGCUCGUUCUCAUGGCAAGAAAUUUCAGGUUUCUGUCAAACAAGAAACCUCUAGAUUAUUGGGAAAUCUUGGGUGGGCCUACAUGCAAAAGCCCAACUACAUGAUGGCAGAGGCAGUGUACAAGAAGGCCCAAAUGAUAGAUCCAGAUGCGAACAAGGCUUGCAAUUUGGGCCUUUGUUUAAUGAAACAGGGCCGCCUCCAUGAGGCCAUUUUAGUUCUCGAACAAGUCCAGCAAGGCCUAAUUCCGGGCUCAGAUGAAACCAAAGCCCAAAAACGGGCAGCAGAUUUGCUGACCGAAAUCAGGUCAAGGCAAUCUCUGCCCGAAUCUAUUGAACUAUUGGGCCUUAGUAUUGAUGCUGAUUUGCUUAAUGGGCUUGAGCAAUUGGUCAACAAAAAAGGCCCAUUUAGGUCCAAGAGGCUUCCUGUUUUUGAGGAAAUUUCUUCAUUUAGGGAUCAAUUAGCUUGUAAUUAAUUAAUUAAUUAGUGAAUAACUCUUCUUUUUUCUUUUUUCUUUUUUCUUUUCCUUUUUUUAGGAUUUUUUUUUUUUUUAGUGGAUGGAUUGGUUGGUGUUUGGAAUUAGAAUGAUGUGUUUGGUCUCUCGAAAUAUGGAGCUCAAGUGAAAUGGUCAGAAGGAAAUGUUUGUAUUAUUUUGUUAAUUGUGUUUUUACAAUUUGGAUAAAGAUGUAAAUAUAGUUUUAGGGUUUGGAAUAAAUUUCUGU